GAUUAUAUAUUUUGUCGUGCAAUGGAUGAAUUAAUAGAAAUUUUAAUUGAGUUGGAAGGCGAACCGUUUUUGAACGUGUUUAUUGAAAGCGGUCUAACUAAGGAAUCAUUGAAGCUCCUAAAGCCAAGCCAUUUGGAUACAUUGAUCGACACAUCGCAGUUUGGACCAAGGGUAAUUUUUGAGCAUAAUCUGCUCAAUUGGCAAGCGCAACAGGGAAUAAAAACACAAGCCAUUCACACUGAGGCAUGCGCUUUAUUGGCAAAUGAAUAUCGUGGUGAGCAUUUGGUCGAGUCCCGUUUCCAGAGCGAUUUCUACAUUGUGUUCUAA